AUGAACAAUCUAUUCCCCCGCAUUGUUGCUCGCGAUGAUAGCAAUGGCGGACUCUCAAACGCCAUGGUAGACCUACUCAUUGCUCUCCUGGUUCUCGUUCUGCUCUCCCUCGCCCUGGUCGGUGGCCUGCUCAUCCUCCGCCGCAAGCGCCAGUCUCGGAACAAAAACUUGCUCCCAGUCUACAAUGGAGAGUCACCCAACAGGCGCCGCCUAACCAUUUCGACGAAUAAAACCGACUCCAUUCUUGUCUAUGAUGAGAAACGCAGCCUCAUGGACAACUCCGACAGCCCCCCACCGAGCCCUGUGCCUGAGAUCCGCAUUACCUUCCCAGAAGAAGAGGAUGCAAGCGGCAAACGCACCUCUGGCCGCGUGGUCGUGGUCCGCAUCAGUGACGCGGGCAGCAUCGGCUUGGAACCGUGCCAUGAGGAUCUUCCGCCCUACCAAAGCACAGACACCGGUCGCUUCCAGUCCCUGGACAUCGAGCGGAUGGGUGGACUGAGGGAGAAAGAGGAGACGAAGACAUACCAUUAA